CCACCGAGUUCAUUGCCCAGCUCCUAGAAGACAUACUCGGCCUUGACGACAAACCUGUGCUGGACCGGGCUCAUCGCACUCUACGCGCCAAGCCCAAGGAUGGAGAGCCCCCUCGUCCGCUCGUUAUUCGGGUGAACCUGUUUCAAGUCCGGAACCAAAUUCUUCGCCGGGCCGGAGAAGCUUUCCCUCUUUCCUACAUGGGCAAGAGGAUCUCGAUCUUCCCCGACUUCACCGCGGCGGUGGCUAAAAAGCGGGCCGCCUUUGCUGCAGUAAAGAAGGAGCUCCAUUCCUGCCCGAACGUCAAGUUUGGUCUUCUCUACCCGGCAACGCUACGCAUCACUCUGCCCGGCGGACAGACCCACAGGUUUGAGGAUCCGACAUCGGAGUCACCCCUGACGCUGUUUAGCCGACAUGUUAACUUGUUGUGUGGCUGUUAUUGCUGCUGGCCAUGAGGACUACAUCUGUCCCUCACCCUGGAUGCCUUGUUUUCUUAAUGUGUUCAGUGAGCUA